AUGGCCGGCAGCGCUCUCAAGAGGCUCAUGGCGGAGUACAAGCAGCUGACGCUGAACCCGCCGGAGGGAAUUGUAGCAGGUCCAGCCAACGAGGAGAACUUCUUUGAAUGGGAGGCGCUCAUCAUGGGGCCCCAGGAUACGUGCUUUGAAGGCGGUGUGUUCCCAGCUGUGCUCAGCUUCCCCUCAGAUUACCCCCUGAGCCCCCCCAAGAUGAGGUUCACCUGCGACAUGUUCCACCCCAACAUCUACCCAGACGGGCGAGUGUGCAUCUCCAUCCUCCACGCUCCGGGAGACGACCCCAUGGGCUACGAGAGCAGUGCGGAGCGAUGGAGUCCAGUGCAGAGUGUGGAGAAGAUCCUGCUGUCAGUUGUUAGCAUGCUAGCAGAACCCAACGAUGAGAGCGGAGCCAACGUCGACGCCUCCAAAAUGUGGCGCGAAAACAGGGAGCAGUUCUACAGACUGGCUCACAGCAUCGUGCGCAAGUCCUUGGGCUUUUAA